AUGCCCUCAAUAGCCGAAUCCCUGGACCUUGUCCGCCCUCCGUCCGAGUCCCGACUUUCCAUGCCAACGCCCGUCCGCAUUCCCGCCGCCGGCCUCGUGGGCUUCGGUAUGGGCUACACCCUCGGCCUCAUCCAGGGCAGCCGUACGGCCCAGCUGCGCUUCCGGGCCGAGCACGCCCACAAGAUGCCCACGACCACGACGGGCUGGUAUCUCUACCACAAGUCCAAGAACUACCAUACCAUGUACGGCGGCCUGCGCGAGGGGUUUCGGAUGGGCGCCCGCGUCGGGUUCUGGUCGCUCAUGGCCUUCGGUCUCGAGAGCACCAUUGACCGAUGCCGUGGAUCCACGGAUCUGUUGAGCACCGUCCUCGCCAGCUUGACCGUGGCAGGUGGUUUCAGUUUGUGGAACCGCUUCUCCCUCCCCACCGCCGCCAGGACGGCAAGACAGGGCCUACUCUUUGGCCUCGUCUACGGUGGCUUACAAGAUAUUGUUGGCCUAGUCCGUGGAAGGCACAUCGGCUACGUUGAAUUCUUCCGCCGGCGAUUCAGGUCCCAAUCGGCAGCCAGCAAUGAAGAUGGAAAUCACCAGACCUGGAGAAAAAGCGGAUGA